CAGAAAUGAUGUACUGAGCAGCAGAGUGUUUUUAACUAUUUUAACAUUAGAGCUAGACGGCUGCUGAACUCCCGUUUUUCUCACUUCAACAUUUCCUUUUCAGUAGUUGUACAAGAUGAGAAGACUGUACAAACGAAAGGAGCCACGAGAAAGAAGUGAUGAAACAACAGACACAGGGGCUGGGCUCUCUCCUCUACCAGGGGAAACCGCGGCCGACCUGGCCGAGCCACACACACCUGUUUCUGGUUUGACUAUCCAGGAUGUGGACGGUCGUCAAAAAGGUGCAAGAGUUUCCAUGUAUGGGGGGGAGAAGGUCUACCUUGGAGUCCGUGUCAAAAUGCCUGUAAGGGAUCUACUGAGAAAAAUCCGCAUAGCCCAAGGCUGUAAACCUCAAGAUUUUCAGGAGAUAUACGGAAAAACAGUCAAAGUAGACAAGCAACGAGUCAAAACUAGCAAAGGACGCCGAUCUACCAAGAGAAAACGCCCCACCAAAAGCCUGGAGGAGCUGGCAAUUAUUGUUGAGGUGCUGGAGGAGGAUCUCAGAACUGGCAACACCUGCCUGUCCCCUCCCCAAUAUUUGUCCCCCUCCAAACCUCCAGUGUCUCCUGAGUGGUCUCCAACUGGUUCUGGGUACAAUAGUGAUGAGUUGGACGAAAUGAUCCCCAGCCCCCAGUCCUACAUGACCUACUCCCCAGGCACAGCAGAGUACCAGCAAGCCCUGUCCCCUCCAGGCUCCAUGCACACCAGCCUCCAUCAUUCCAACAUCAGAAACAUUGGAAGAGUUGGUGGACGAGGGGAGGAGUCGGCUUAUCCCCAGGUCCACGACUGGAACCGGAACAACUCUGCUUUCUUUUGGGCCCAGCUUCAGAAAGAAGAGAGCCAGCUCAGGGACAUCUCUGACGCUGCACUGCUGGCCCCCGAUGGACAUGGCAGGACAGCUCUCCAUAAAGUGGCGUGUGUCGGGAAGAGGGCACUGGGCUAUGCGAUCGCGAAAAAGAUGGCCGCAUUUAACAGCCUCGAACUCAAAGACUCUGAGGGAAUGACCGCCCUCCUCCAUGCAGCAAAGCACAACCACCACCUGAUGGUAGCAGAUCUGAUCCAUUUGGGGGCCAACGUCAAUGAGACCAACAACUCAGGAAAGACCUGCCUCCACCUCAGUGCUGAGAAAGGCUACAUCAGAGUCCUGGAGGUUCUGAGACAGGCAAUGAUGGACGGUGUGUAUGUUGACGUUGAAGCCACUGAUAACUCUGGAAUGAGUGUCUUCCAGUGUGCUUCUGUGGCUCUGAAAGCCACAGUACGUGAGCUGGAAAGCAGUAAACCCCAAAAUCACAUCAGUCUCCACACACUUUGCCAAGAGCAGAUGAUGGAAACUCUAGAGUGUCUGCUGCAGAUGGGCAGCUACUUUUAUACCAUGGAGAGCCAGAGUAUACAACCUAGAAUUGGUUAAUCCUGGCACUUCAGCCCGGCAGGGCUUUCUGGAGACCCAACAGUAAUGUUCCAAGUUAGUUUAGGCUUGAAUUCAAAUGGAGAGAGACCAUAACCAGUGGAGUUUGUUUUCUCUCAAAGCUUGAUUUCAGGCCUGCUAUGUAAAGCAUUUAGGGUUUUGUGUGUGGGAAAAAUGCCUGACUUGCAAUCGGGUAUUUAUUGUAACCUGCACAGAAACGUUAGGUGCCCAUUAGUUGGUUUCUGUGAAACUUCCAUUGUUUGUUACAUUAGAGUAACAAGAUGUCCUCACUUAUUGUGUCUGUGAAGAUCAAGAUGUAAAAUCCUUAGAGAAUAUUUUUUUAAUAUGAUAGUGUAAACUAUUGGCUUGUUCGUGCCAGUUUUAGGGGUCCAGUAGUGUUUUAAAAGCCUGGCCCCAAAAUACUCAUUUUUUUAUAUAUAU